GGGCUUGAUCUAACAGGGGAAUCCGAGUAUUGCUUAAACGGUGCCAACUCUCGCAGCUGUGGUCCAACACACACCCAAGUCGCUGGAGCAAAGUCCGUCGUAUCCAGUGAAGCUGUUGCAUCCACCGCCAGCUCUACUAGCAUCGCUGCUUCCGUUGCUGCCGCUAACAGUAACUCAUCCAGUGGCUUCACAAAGACUUGGGCCAACAUUGCUGGCCAAGCUGCUAAGGAGCACCAUCGUUUGGCACCCUCCUUUCUAUCUCACCAUUCCGGCACUGCUGGGUCUGGCGCCUCAGGGGGUUCUCUUUUGACCUCUUCGGGCGCCUCUCUCUCGGCCUCCUCACUUGGCGGCGGAGCAGGUGGCGCUGCAUCUGGCUGGUCAGCCUCGGGAAAACCGAGCCACCGGGUACCUGGACCUGUAUUCUUGCCCUCCUCGGGACCUCGAUUGCCGGGACCUUCGUCCCUGUCAAGCUCUGGCUUUCCUGAAGGGGUCGGCUCAUCAUCUAGUAGUGGCUAUGUCAUCAGCGUCUCCUCCAAGAAUGAGCAGGCCCAGCAACAACAGCCGCAUACUCAACAUGCCUGCUUGCAGCCUCGUUCGUCUUCCCAAUCGACUACCAAUCCAUCUUCGCCCCUCCAGUCGUCUUCUGCUCAGCCAAGCAAGACUGGAUCUCUUGUCGCUAAUGGUGCCGUCUUGGAUGGGCCGACUAUACCAGCCACAGGAGACUCUGCUGGUCGAGUAAACCCUAACCUUGGUUCAGCUGGCGGAGGCAAUGUAGCCAGUGGUGGUAGCUGUAAAUCUUCUUUCAAAGGGACUUGGAUCUCUGGCAAGUCCAAUUCUGGCUCCAGUGCAAACACGGGAGGCGGCCCUAACGCUACUUCUGCCGGUGGCAGUGCCAACAAUCGCACUACGGCAAGUAACGAUGCUGCCCACGAGGCACAAAUGGCUGCCAUGCAGCGCGAAUCAGAAGCACUGCAUCAACGUCUCUCUAAACAGAUUAAUCCGAGCAGCUUUGAUACGCAGCCGGCUCGGGCGCGCUUCUUCGUUAUAAAGUCCUUCUCUGAGGAUGACAUUCACCGCUCAAUCAAGUAUGCUAUCUGGUGCUCUACAGAGUUGGGCAACAAAAAGCUAGACUCCGCCUUUGUCGAGAUAGCCAACCAGGCGCCGAUUUACCUUUUCUUCUCCGUUAAUGGAUCUGGACACUUCUGUGGCAUGGCCGAGAUGACCUCACGUGUCGACUACACUGCCAGGGCGGGUGUCUGGGCUCAGGACAAGUGGCAGGGAAAGUUCACUGUGAAGUGGAUCUUUGUUAAGGAUGUGCCUAACACCUCUCUUCGACAUAUACGGAUCGAGACAAAUGAAAACAAGCCGGUAACUCACUCGCGGGAUACAACAGAGAUUCCUCUUGACAAAGGCAGACAAGUUAUGGACAUUUUCGCCAAAUAUGAUCACGCGACUUCAAUUUUUGACGAUUUCUUGUACUAUGAACAGAAAGAGCGCGAAGAUGUAAGUGAAUUGUUUUUUAAUUUUUCUCCUACAUUUGCUGUAAUUAUUGAUAUAUCUUCUUUCGAACAAAUCAAGUCUUCAUAUUAA